AUGGGAAACCACUUUGCUUGUUGUGGCAAUGCCCACAACGCCGAAGAGCCCACGGACAUGACACGAGCUCCGGUACAAGAACAUGGCCAUGAGGAAGAGGCCAUAGACUUCAAAUCCUCGCAGCCGUCAGGUGCCAAGGGAGUGACCGAGGAUGUCCGUGUCGCCUCACCCGCGCAGGGCUACGCCUCCCCGAAGCAUGUGGAAGAAGACAGUGCAUCCCCUGUGGUCCGCGCGAUCUCCUCCUGCAGCCUGAACGGGAUUUCGGUGGAGGAAGACGUGAUGCAGGAGAGGCGCAGCAUGACCAUGCAACAGAUGCGGUCCAGGUCGCACACGGCUCAGUCCAUGGUCAGCACGAAGUCCUUUGUGGAGACCAUUGCGGACUUCUUCCGGGGCCGGCCGGACUUCAAUGGCGAAUGGGUCUGCAUCGAGACGUUUGGAUUGGAUGACUUCCUGAAGGAGCUGGGCGUCUCCACCUUCAAGCGCCUCGCUGCCUCGAAAGCUCCGUGGCCCUCGUGGCAUUUCCAGCAGGAUGGCGACCGGAUCAAGUUCAGCAAUCACACGAUGAUGGGGGUCCUUGCUGAGGAGUUCGUAGCAGAUGGCUCGACUUAUGAGACAGUCGAUGGCCACAAGCAGACGCUUACCUGCUUCGCCCUUUGGGAGGGUGACAUCUUAGUCAUCGAGCGAUCCGGGCCACAGGGCCACUUUCGUGAGGAGCGGCGCAUUGACGAAAACGGCUUCCUCAACUUCACACUCCGGGGCAUGGAGCAGGGCAGCAAGGUGGUCUGGGGCCGCAAGUUCAAGCGAAAGGCGUGA